ACUAGUAUGAGAAGGAGCUCGCUGUCUCUUGGUUUCACUCUCGGUGCGCCGCAAGCGAGACAGACGGACACUUUAGCUUUCAAUAUUGAACAAAGAAAUCUUUCACAAGAAAUAAACAUUAAUCGAACGGAAUCUAGACGUCCUCGAAUUCUUGGAGGACGAGAGCAUAUAUUAGAAUUACUACGAAAUAUGAGUGCUAAGAAAACAGCUGACGAGGGAAAUUAUAAUCAAGCACUACAAGUAUCUUAUGAUCAAAAUUCAGCCUUAAUGGAUCGGGACAAAAUAUUUGAUGGAAAUACAAAGAUGUUCCUAAUGAAACAAAUUCAGCCAAGUGAUCGUAACAGGACUAAUAAUAUUAAUCGCCACAUAAUCGAAUUAAGCGACAACGAUUCCAAGAUGGUACUACGGCGGCAGUUUGGAGAAAUGGCAGGACGCGGGAAUUCAAACACACAAAGCAACGCAUUGGAUUAUGAAAAUAUGGAAAUUUUACGAAAGCUACCACCGGACACAAUCGUGAUACGGCAAAAAAUGAAAUCGGACAUAGAGGAUAGCGAUUACAAGGAAUUAAUAGAAAUGAAUAGUAAUGAUAGCAGCUCGAUUUCUGGCUGUGCUGAUGUUAAAAAAGGAAUUUCACGAGCUGUUAGAAACAAAACUCUGAAAACGAUAGAAGUGAGACGAAAUCCUAUGCGAAUGUCGAAGAGAAAUAUUGAUAAGGAUUUUUCUCGACCCAAACAACUAUUGGCCAACAACAAGAAAGAGUUUUAUUCGGAUUAUGAAUUUGAGAAACGUAUAAAAUCCGCAAUGCCAUAUAUGAACACUAGAUCUAUUACUCGAAAGAUGUAUACUGUGGGUGCUACUUAUCAAGCACCUACCAAAAAAGACGAGACAGAGUGGAAAGAAUGGCCCGUACAUGGAAUGCAUGAAAGACCAGUCUAUCAUCCUCAAGCUGGUUUAGCAGUGGAAUAUUUAGGAAAAUACUUCACCAGCCUCGAUGGAUUAUCUUAUUGCGAGAUUAUUAAUAAACCUGAUAUUGAAGUUAUCUCUGUCGAUCCACAUUGCAAUAAACAAGUCUCUUCAACGGAAAAAGAAAAGAAGGGAAAGCUAAGAAUGAAAAAUAAACGUUCAUCGAAUAUCAAAAAUGCAUGGAAUACCUAUCUCUCCAUGGAUAAAAAAUCCUUUGAAACAUGUAUGCAUGAAAGCCUUCAUUGCGUGUUUGGUUAUUGUGCGCAAAUUAUGACACCAGUUUAUAAACAAGCAGUAGAAAAAAAAGUGACACAGCUGACAAUUUCUGCAACGAAGACAAGGUCUUUAGAAUUGAUGAAAAAGACAACAAAUGUCAAAAGUAAUCUAACACUUUCUCCUAAAAAUGUUGCUAAUCUUGCAGAAGAAACAAAGUUACUAGAAGCUUAUGCUAUCGCUAUGGCGCAAAGCAUUCAAAAUGAAAGUACCACUAAUAGCAAAAAUGAUCAAAAAGUCACCUCGACUUUUCCGUCACCUUCAGCAUUGUAUAUACCAAAAACACAGAAAUCGACUGUGGAACUCAACAGCUCGAAAACUAUGUCACAAAAUAGAGAGAUGGUCAAGAUGAAUUUGAAACAGAUUAUUCGAGGCGCUCCAAACAGUUCUCUAAUUUUGUUGAGAAAUUCGGCUGCGAAAUCUAUGAGCGACGAAGUUUGCACAAAAAAUAUAUUUAACUCCGCAAAGUUGGAAGAUGCUUCUAACAAUGAGACGCUGUUGGGAAUGUCAAUCUAUAGAAAGUUGUUUGCGAAAGAAUCAGUUUCGAAGUGCAAAGAAUCGUCAAUGAGUAAUUUGCAUACUUUGAAGAGAUAUGCUACGAAUACACAAGAAUAUAUGACAAAAAAAACCUAUCUUGAGACCCCGUUGGAUAAAAAAACUGUUCAAAAUCUUGUAUGGUGCACCAAUGAAACUUCGGAAAUAGCUAAAAUCUUAUCAAAUUACAACAAAAACAUGUUGAGGAAGUCCAUGAUACAGAAUCAAAUUUAUAGUUCAAGAGAUAUGAAAACGAGUUUAACAAAACUGAACAUCAAAAAUUUGCCGAAAAACUUCACGCAGAAGAAUACAACAAUUGAAAAAAAUCAACAGUUUAUAUCCAACAGUCCCUAUCCAAAUACAAGUUUUGGUUUCUCACAAAGAAAAUGGAAAAAGCUUCAUCUAAUGUUAGAGAAUACCAAAGAUAGUCAGAUUGUCAGUAGCAAUCAAAAUGCUUGGAAGUGUUCUUCAACAAUAUUAGAAAAUCACAAAGUAAUUUCUUCGAAAAAUGAACAAGUGAGUUUAAACACACUAAACUACAUAAAAAAGAAGCUUAGUGAUUCUCAUAAGGAUAAACAUGAAAUUAUCGAUUUAAACCCGAAAGAAAAGAAAUCUGAAUAUUCUAGAGAUGAAACAGAGACUUCAAAAAUGGGAUCAUUGCGAGAACUCCUAGAGAACACUGCAAUCUUAUAUUGUACCGCCAAUGGAGUUCAUCAGGAUGAUUUAUCAAAUUAUAUUGAUACUCUUGACAACAAGCAAAACAUUCAAUGGUUAAAGACUUGCAAUAAUUCUGUUACAUUCAAUAAGAAAUUGAAUAUGAAAUAG